AUGUCUUCUCCCAAUAUCACUGAAUCCCAUCCUUCUUCAUUCCUACUGCUGGGGAUUCCUGGGUUGGAAGUUGCACAAAUCUGGCUUGGAUUUCCCUUCUGUGUUGUGUAUCUGAUUGCUCUUGUUGGAAAUGUUAUCAUUCUAUUUGUUAUCUGGGUUGAUCAUAGCCUUCACCAACCCAUGUUCUACUUUCUGGCCAUGCUGUCAGUGAUUGACCUCAGUCUCUCUACUACUACCAUCCCCAAGAUGCUGGGGAUCUUCUGGUUCGGCCUUCAGGAGCUGUGCUUUGGGUGCUGUGUUACUCAAGUGUUUUUUAUCCACUUUUUUACAGUCAUGGAGAGUAUUGUACUUCUUGCCAUGGGUUUUGAUCGCUAUGUGGCUAUUUGCAACCCCCUCAGGCACAGCAUGAUUCUUACCAACAGAGUAAUUGGUGUGAUGGCUGUGGUAGUGGUACUAAGGAGCUUAUGCAUGAUUGUACCCAUCAUUUUUCUCCUCUUGAGGCUGCCUUACUGUGGACACAGAAUCAUCCCUCAUACCUACUGUGAGCACAUGGGAGUGGCACGUCUGGCUUGUGCCAACAUUAAUGUCAAUGUCUACUAUGGUCUUGGGAAUAUUUCUAUCUUGUUUAUGGAUGUGCUUCUUAUCGUUAUCUCCUAUACUAGAAUCUUACAUGCUGUCUUCUGCCUCCCUUCCCAGGAUGCCCGCCUGAAAGCUCUGAACACCUGUAGCUCCCAUAUUUGUGUUAUCUUUGUCUUCUUCGGUCCAGCUCUCUUCUCUUUCCUCACUCACCGCUUUGGUCACAACAUCCCCCAGUACAUCCAUAUCCUCCUGGCUAAUCUCUAUGUAGUCAUACCCCCUGCCCUCAACCCAGUUAUUUAUGGCAUCAGGACCAAGCAGAUCCAGGAGCGGGUACAGAAUCUCUUUCUUAAAACAAGAUGGAAUGAAAGGUAA